AUGGACUUGCAAAUUGUUAUCAUUGGUGAAGCAGACUUCAAAAAGACUCAUUAACUUAAAUAAUCUAACUCAUUAGUAGAAAGUUCAUUCUCACUAAGCAAAGCAAGCUAUGUCCUCUCAAUUACAGCACUUUUAAAUACAUCAUUAUGCUCAGCAAUAGCUUUGAUCUUUCUGUUGUUAAACUUACCUACUCAAAGUGUCUCCAGAAUUGUUCCUGGGGAUGAUGGGUUGUACGGGCUUUGGCCAGAAUACAUUGGCAAAUUAAGACUUUGUCAAGUUGACAAAUGUCUACUUCUGGGUUUCCAUUAUAAUUGGAAUCAUAGUAACUACUUUAACUGUCAUUAUUACAGUAGACCUGCUAUUAACAAUGCCUCUGGAAGACUUUUUAUUUCAAACUCAGAUUACUUUUUCUUUGUUUAUGGCAUUGACUGA